CAUCCUAAAAAAAGAAAGUGGUCCGUUGCUUUCAUUUCCUACACCAAGGAGAAAGUAGCCUCCCAAUACAGCUCGCUAUUGUCCAGCUCGGAUAUUUUCUUAUUAUUUUGAUAAUCGAAGGUUUUGUUUAGUAGUUUACGUGUUGCUUGACAAACGAAACCCGCAGAGAAAAGAAUUAUCAGAAAUGCAAAUCAAAUACAAUAAUUUGGAAGAAGAGUUCAGGAAACGAUUAGAUGGAUUGUUUGGAGUUGAAAAUUGUCUAAUCGAAGUGAAUCCUGGUAAAGUUCUGCUACCACCGAAAUACCAGGAAAUUGGAGAACGAAUUUUUAAUUUAAAAGUCAAAGAUGACGAUUUGUGGCUGAUUUCGUAUCCUCGAACUGGAAGUACUUGGGCUCAGGAGAUGGCAUGGUGCAUUGCUAACAAUUUAGAUUACGAAGGAGCCAAAUUACUGAGUCAAUUUCGGGCUCCUCUCUUAGAAUUGACAGCUCUUUUUGGCAACGAUCAAAGAGAAUGGAAAAAUGCCCUAGGUAAUUCGGUAGAGCAAGUGGAAAAUACCCCAUCACCAAGAUGUAUCAAGACCCAUCUACCUUGGGAUUUACUGCCCAAAGAAUUGGAUCAAGUUAAACCCAAAAUUAUUUACGUGUGCAGAAAUCCCAAGGAUAUUUGCGUUUCGUAUUAUCACUAUUGUAAAUUGAUUCACGACUUUCAUGGAACGUUCGACGAUUUCUGCGGAUUGUUUUUAGAUGGAAAAACUCCGGUAGGUUCGAUUUGGAACCACGCCAGAGACUUCUGGCUCAAAAGAAACGAUCCAAAUGUAUUAUUCCUCAAAUACGAAGAAAUGAAAAAAGACCAUAAAAAAAGUAUAUUCCAAGUAGCCAAGUUUCUCGAUAAAAACUACACCGAUGAACAAGUCGAUGGCUUGGUGGAACAUUUAAGUUUUUCAAAAAUGAGACAAAAUCCGGCCAUCAACUUGGAACCAAUAUUGGAAAAGAUGUACGAUUCGAAUGAAUCACGACCCGAUCCGGAUAAUAAAUUUAUACGUAAAGGGCAAGUGGGAGAUUGGAGAAAUUACAUGUCCGAUGAGAUUUCAGCCAAAUUUGAUGAAAUGAAUCGACAAUAUUGGUCUGAUAUUGGUCUAACUUUCGAGAAUUGAUUUUAUUUACUAGGGUACCUCUAUACCUACCUUUCAUUAUUCGAACGCAUUUAAUUAGUAAUUUUGUAUAAUGUACUUAAGGACUUAAGGAUAUUAUGUUUAAAUUUGAAAGAAAUUACUUACUCAUUCGUAAAAUUCAUGUUGUAAAUAAAUUUUUUAUCAUGAUGGAGAAA